GAAAGGGUUUAUUCCCUUUAAUCAUUAACACUGUUGCUACAGUGUUCAUCUGAGAAAUCCCAGUUUAGGGAUUUGCUCCUAAAUUUGUAAUUUCUUGUUUGAUUAAAUAAGAAAUUAUCUGUGUGGCUCCCGAGGACGUAGGCAGUUGCCGAACCUCGUUAAACUUGGUGUAUUGUUCUCUAUUUUGCGUUUCCGUUGCAUUAGGGGUUUUCUGCGUGAAAUUCCCAACAAGAAAAACCCCUAAUUAAAAUAUUACUUGGUUCAACGAGAGUCACCAUCAGUGAGGGAAAAUUAUCAAGUGCAUCCGGACCCGCGACAUUAAAAUUCUCCAAAUGAAUGUUAGCCCUUGAACCAUUGAAUAUCGGGAGUCGUGCACAGACGAUCCAAGUGUUGACAUCCAUUCAGUGCACAUUUGCAAGACUAUUGUAAUUGUUUGCUCCCACGACUACUAUUUAGACAAUGUUAUCCUAUCAACCAUGAUCUAGCAGAAUACUUAUGCACCCUUUUUCCUCCUAUGAAACUACUUUGGCCAGAUUACAUGGCUUUUCCUUGUGCAAAUUCUCAAACAUUCUUCACAAGGAACACCAAUUAUCACCCAACAAAGUUUACCAUCACAAUCACUACAAACAUAAAAGGUAUAGUUGAAAUUGCUCAAGGGGUUGUCUGCUUCCAUGGGAUCUCCAGAUUCUAUCGAAAAUGCAAGUCCCACACUAUGGAUUUUGUCAUACCUGAAAUCAUCUUCCAAAACUUUUUCUAUUUUGAGAAAAGGUGUUUCAGUGGGAAGUGGUUGGGAUUUGCAUACUUCCAGAUUUCCUAAAAAAAAUUAUUUUUUUGGAUUUCCAAAACAUAAUUUGUCAUCACAACAUCCACAAAAGAAAUUUAUUUCCGGCUCUAUAACAAACAGGCUGACUCUAUUCUAUGUUCAUUUCAUCUUGCACUCUAAUACAGGACAUGUUUAUAGCGGGAACAGAUACAACCUCUGCAACACUGGAAUGGGUUAUGACGGAGCUCGCCCUCCACCCUCGGGUCCUCAAAAAAGCACAAGAAGAGAUGAGGCAAAUUGCCGGAAACAAAGGCAAAGUUGAAGAAAACGACAUCCAUCAGUUUCGAUACAUAAGAUCAGUAAUCAAAGAAACGCUAAGGCUCCACCCUCCACUUCCCCUCCUAGUCCCUCGAGAAUCCAUGGAAGACUGUGUCGUCAAUGGCUUUGAUAUCCCAGCCAAGACUCGGGUUUUUGUCAACAUAUAUGCAAUAGGGAGAGAUCCUGAAAUAUGGCAGCAACCUUUAGAGUUCAACCCAGAAAGAUUCGAAGGCACCGAGACCGAUGUUAAGGGCCAGGACUUCGAGUUGUUGCCAUUUGGGGGAGGCAGAAGAGGAUGUCCUGGUAAUUCAUUUGCAAUGGCUACUGUAGAGACUGCGUUGGCUAGGCUGUUGUACCAUUUCGAUUGGAAGUUACAAGAUGGUGUAGAUGCUGGGGAUGUCGACAUGAGUGAGGUUUUUGGACUCACCACGAAGAAGAGGACUCCUCUAAUUCUUGUGGCAACGAGAAACCAGGAGUUUGGGUUUAAAGCUUAAGAAGCAAACGAGCUUUUGCUCGAAGAUAUCGUCCGCGUAUUUGAAGGUUUGUUUGCAGGAUUUAAGUUAGAUAUUAGUAUGGGCUUCUAUGUUAUCUCUUGUCUAUGAUAUCUACAGAACACACAACUGUAAGUGUCGGAAUGCCCGACGUGUAUAUUUUUUUAAAAAGAAUUCAAAGUGGUGCUAGUAUCCAUCAGAGGAGUAAUAAUAUUUGAGUAGCCCAAUCUCUUCUUGACCAAGUCGUGUCACCAAUCUCAAGAAGAGUAGUAUUACUCUUAAAAUAUUUACUCCUUAGAUACAUAUUAGUAUCACUUUGUUUGUGAAAUAAAAAUUGUGAGGUGCAUGUUUUUAAAA